AUGGAAUUUAAGACGGAAGAGGAUGCCUAUCAAUUUUAUUUGAAAUAUGCUAAACAAGUUGGAUUUGGCAUAAGAAGGAGUAAAAGCCACAAUGAUAAAUCAGGUAAAUUAAUUGACAGGAUUUUUUGUUGUUGUGCACAAGGAAAAAGGGGAAAAGACAAACGAGAUGUUUAUGUGAAAUCUCAUCGUCCUGAAACAAGGUUUGGUUGUGAGGCUAAAAUGAAGAUUAGUUGUCGAAAAAAUGGCAAAUUGAGUGUGGAGCAAUUUGUUAAAGAGCAUAAUCAUUAUCUUUCAAGUCCAAACAAAACUCAUCUCUACAGAAGUCAUAGAAAUAUUUCUUCUUCUGCUGCAAUACAAAUUGAGAUGGCAAGUGAUGUGGGAAUCCCCCCAAAAGCAUCUCAUGAUCUUAUGGUGAAACAAGUUGGUGGGAGGGAUAAUUUAGGUUUUAUUCCGCAAGAUUACAACAACUACUUGCGAUCCAAAAGAACAAGAAAUAUUAGAGUUGGUGAUACAGGAGUUGAUGAAGAUGAUUUGAUAACUAAUAUUUUUUGGUGUGAUGCUAAGAUGAGAGCUGAUUAUGGCAAUUUUGGAGAUAUUGUUUGCUUUGACACAACAUACAGGAAGAACAAUGAAGGUCGUCCAAUUGCGUUGUUUGUGGGUGUUAAUCAUCAUAAGCAGUCCAUAAUUUUUGGUGCAGCUUUAUUAUAUGAUGAAACAUCUUUGACAUUCGAGUGGUUGUUUGAUACAUUUACUAAAGCUAUGUGUGAAAAAAAACCAAUAACUAUUCUUACAUAUCAAGAUGCAGCAAUGGCAAAGGCUUUGACUUCCAAAUGGCCUGAAACACAUCAUCGUUUGUGUAUUUGGCACAUUUAUCAGAAUGCGGCAAUACAUUUGAGUGAAAUUUUUUCUGAGUUCAAAGAGUUUACUAAAGAUUUUGCCUCGUGUAUAUAUGAUUUUGAUGAAGAAGAAGAUUUUAUUUUAGCUUGGAACAUGAUGUUGACCAAGUAUGCACUUGAAGACAAUGAUUGGUUGAGACACAAAGGUAGUUUGGAUCCAAAAACUUGCAACAGUAUGCGAUAUAAAGAAUUGAGUGGAUUAUAUGUUCAACUGGUUACCAAGGCAGCAGAGAGGGAAGAUACUUACAAGGUUGUUAAAGAUGGUUUGUUGAGUAUGUUUCAGAUGGUGGAUGAGAGGUUACAAGUUAAUGAACCAACUUCCCAACACUCUAUUGAAAGAGAGUUUGAAAGUGGCGAAGGAAACUCUCUUGGAGUCAAAGGAAUUAAAACAAAGAAGAAACCGAUUUCAGGUAAGAGAUUGAAAAGUGGCUUAGAUAAGAUUUCAAAGAAAAGAAAAGCGGCGAGGAAAAACAAUCAAACUUCAACAAUUCUUAAGGCUAGAGAAGAUCAUUAUGAAAGUACAAGUUGCAUGGCUAGUGUUGAAGGUUUGAGUAUGGCCGAAACUCAAUUUCAACCACUUUUGUCAACGCAACUAUCUCAGGCUUUAGUGCUGUUAACUAUACCAGAAUCUUUGUAUCUUUGA